AUGGGGAAAACGGGAUGGAGAGAAGAUAAAAUCACUUGCAACGAUUUUGGACAGCCAUAUGAUAACAACGCAAGCAAACUUUCAAGCUUUAUUGGGACAUUAGUACGGGAUGGAAAAAAUGCUCCAAUUAAUUAUAAAACUUGGCAUGAGGUACCUGCUAAAUACAAACUUGGAAUGUGGAAAAUCAUACAGGAAAAAUUUGAAAUUCCUCCUCAUGCUAAAAAUUGGACUUUUAGAACUUUUGGAAGGAAACUUAGAGCUUGGAAAUCUUAUCUUAAAAAAACUUAUUAUUUGGAGCACUUAUCUUUUGAGGAGCAAAAGAAAUAUAAAGACAAACGAAGAAAGAGUGCUAAAAACAAGACUAGUCGUGCAGAAAAAAAAUACAACCAUACAACUGGCACAAAGAGUUUUGCUCAACUUAGAGCAUUACAGAAAAAAGAUGGUGCAAGUACGCCGACACGUGCAACCAUGUUCAAAAUCUGCUACUCAAAAAAAGAUAAGAGCAUUACUAAUGAGAAAACAAAAGAAGCAAUGUUACAAUUACAAGAGAAAGAAGAACUGAUUGAAGAUGCAUCAAAAGAAAAGAGUAUGAAUGACGUUUUUUCUGAAGUUAUGGGUAAAGAAAAGCAUGGAUCAGAUAAAUCAACUUGGAGAAGAAACCAAAAUGAGUAUGUAGAUACUCUGCAGUCAGAAGUAAAUGAUCUAAGGUCUCAAGUUCAAAUUCUUACUAAGACUAUUUUGAGCAAGCAAAAUAAUGGCAAUGAUAUAUCUACACUUCAGGUUGGAGAAGUAGUCAAUCUUAAGAGUGUCACUAGUGAGCCUGAAACAAUUGCUAUUGGUAUCGUUUUAAGUAGAGAUCCAUCAAAAGAAGUUGGAGGAAAAAAGCUCGGAUCCUUUUUUUCUGAAGUUAUAGUACAAGUUCCUAUUAAGCCUGAUGAACAACUGAUUAAAUCAUAUGGACAUUUUAAGACAAUUGGUCAAGUUGUUGGAGCCCCUAUUGCAUGGCCAACAGCAUUUGUGAUUCCAAGGAAAUCAGAUACACAACUUGGUGACUCAAUGCUAUGA